GAGUAAUACCCCUCCCCACCCUCUCACUAUAUAUAAGCAUCUGGUGACUUCUGUUUCAGUGUAUCUGAAGAAGUGUGCAUGCACACGAAAGCUCAUACCAAUGACAAACUUAGUUGGUCUCUAAGGUGCUGCUGGAAGGAUUUUUUUUAAUUUUGUUAUACCCUCCAAUAUUCCUCUGAUGAUAAUAGGGACGGUAAAGGGACCCCUGACCAUUAGGUCCAGUCACGGACGACUCUGGGGUUGCGGCGCUCAUCUCGCUUUACUGGCUGAGGGAGCCGGCAUACAGCUUCCGGGUCAUGUGGCCAGCAUGACUAAGCCGAUUCUGGAGAACCAGAGCAGCGCACGGAAAUGCCGGAGCGGUACCUAUUUCUCUACUUGCACUUUGACAUGCUUUCGAACUGCUAGGUGGGCAGGAGCAGGGACCGAGCAACGGGAGCUCAACCCAUUGCGGGGAUUCGAACCGCCGACCUUCUGAUCGGCAAGCCCUCGGCCCUGUGGUUUAGACCACAGCGCCACCCUCGUCCCUGAAAAUAGGGACACCCAGUGCCAUUUUUUAAGCAAAAGAGGUGCAGAAACACACCACGAACACCUCUCUUGUUCUCUUAGAAUGGCAAUGGCGCCUACCUAAGAGGUGCUGGGACUGAGUUCCUGUGAGUUCUGGCUGGAAAAAAUGCCCUGGAGAUGUCAUAUUCCAUACACUCCAAUGUUUCUCCAAUGAAAAUAGGGACAUCCUAAGGACAAACGGGACAUUCCAGGAUCAAAUCAGACCAGAAAAGCUUCUGUAAUCCAGGACUGUUACUGGAAAACAGGGACACUUGAAGGGCCUGGGCUGAGAUUAACACACAGUGUGUCUUUGUGUGAGUACUUAUAGUGCUCAUUAGUGAUAUAUCUGGUUACUGCUCGAUGUUUUUUAAGCCAUAGAGAAAUUGACUGACUUCUUUUUGUGGCAGACAGUGAUACGUAUGUUUGUCAAGUUCCUGUUUGAUUCAUGCUGAAACUAUUUCUUCCGCUGCCCAACCCAUUCCUAUGUGCUCUUUGCUUUUCCACUAUAUUUGCAAAGGCGGUGUGACCAGGUCAUAGAAUGAACCUCAUACCCCAGAUAUAUGAAACUUAUCUCCAGGUGGACAAUAGGCAUUGUAUAUUCUUCUAGGUACUUAUUGUUAAGGCCAUUGCUGUGGAAUGUGUAAAAAACAACAACAGCCUGAACACCUUGAAUACAGUCCAGAAAAAGUCAAGCACUUGGAGGUCCCAGUGAUCUCCGUGGAGAAGCAAAACACCUGCUUUAGUUUUCCCUGUUUUUCGGGAACAGUCUCUUAAGGGUCUUCCAGCUUGAGAUUUGUCGUUGGGAGAGGUAGCUCAGUUGCAUGGCAAGACAAAUUGUUAAGAGCCGCUACACGGAGUGCAAAAUGAACAGCGAAGCUCAACAUACAAGAUGCAGAGGGCAGUCCAAGUGAAGCAAGCGGGCUUGAAAAUGUCUGCGUGUAGUGAUUUUGUGGAACACAUCUGGAAGCCGGGCUCUUGCAAAAACUGCUUCUGCCCCAGACACUUCCACCAGCUGCAGGCGCCGCCCCUGGACCUGGGGGUUAGCUGUGGCCUCUUGCAGGAUCUGAAUGGAACCAGAGCCAAAGCUGAGCCCACGGCUCUGGAGGAUGACGGAGUAGUUUCCUUGCCUUACUCCAAGCCAACAAUUGCCGUAAAACCGACGAUGAUAAACUCGGAUGUUGCCGAUGUGUGGGCGGAUGGGAAUCUGAGUGCUGAUAUCCCACAGGUCAACAAGAGAAUGCCACCCAGAAAUCUUGCCUUGAUGAAAUCUGGAGAAGAACAAAGAGUGUGUAUCGACAAAUUCAGCAACAACAUCAUCAUAAGGAAGCCUGUCAUUCAGAAUACUCCAAGUGAUUGUACUUUGCACAGUCCUGCUGGCUCCUCCAGUCUUGAAAGCAGUGCAGCGAGAAAUGUCGCCUUCAGUAAUGUGGCAUUUCUGAAUGAUAUGGGUGAACGGGAGAAUGGAAAUGAAGUGGGCAGCAAGGAGAAGUUAUCCUUGCCAUAUCUGGGCUUCUGCCACAAUUCAUCCUUUUUGAGUGACAGAUGUGUUGGCUCUGCUGUGGACCCCGUAAGAUACUCUCCCAUCCACCAAAGAGAGGAAGCAUCCCUUUCAGAGAGAGCUGGUAUGUUCAAUUCUUCUGAUUUAGAAAGUGAAGGUGGGGAGUACUGCUCCAUCACAGACUAUUGCAAAGAGGCACCUGUCCGCCAGGGAUUUGACAGCACCAAAACCAAAGAGGUGUGGCAUGAAAACCCUGUUUCAAAACUUCAGGGGCCAGAGGCUGUGACAGAUGCAAGAACCGAGCCUGUAGUCAUGAGUUUCAGUGAAGGGGAAAGCCGAGCCUUGAAUUCAGACUUUCAAAGGGAGGAGAAGCAUCCGCCGCACAGUUACGUAUACAACCACUUAUGUACCGAAAUGGACACAUUAGCAUUUCCCUCAGAUACUGGCAGUGGCCCCUGUGGUUCACCCAAGGGCAAUUAUUGCUGUCCUUUGGUUAGAGAAUCAGAUCAGACUGUAGGCAAGCGUAUAGAAAAUGCAAGCAAUUCCGCAGAGCAACAUCUUUCCUCUGAAGUGGCCUCUCAAAACGAGCCUAUCUAUGCCGAGAGCACGAAGAGGAAAAAGACGCCGCUAAAUAAUGCCAACACACAUGCAAGGAGUGAGCCCUUGGCUUAUAGCCCCUGUAAAGAUAAGCAAGAUGGCCUCUGGAGAGGGAAGGCUCUCCACUUGGACUGCGAAAGAGAGUUCCAAGAAUCUGUCACGCAGGUACCAGCGACUAUUACCAUUGUGGCGGCCCACACAGAAGAUGACAACCGGACUAUCUUUCUUAGCAGUCCAGACUCAGCUGUAGGGGUCCAGUGGCCAAGUCCUAGCCCAACCUCUAAUUCAGAUGCUAGGAAAACAUCCCCUUUCUCCGAAUACAGAGAAAUGUCGCAAGCAAGCAGCGAGAUGAGCCCAGUGGAAAAUGGCCCAGGUCUUCAGUCCCAAACAACUAGCAGAAAUGGGAUUGGCGAGACUCCUGCUAUCCCCCCAAAACUGUCCAAAGGAGAGGGGCCUUUCACACAGCCUGCAAGUUCUUUUGUGGCAGAAACUUGUGAUAACAACGGCCAUCGGGGUCUUGACAUUCCAAAGAACAGCGCAGAUAGCACAAUCUUUGAGCCCGCAUCGUCCGUAUGCCCUCAUGUGAACAAAAUCUCUCCAGAGGAGUCGAACAAAGGUUCAGCGCCCUUGAGCUCUGAGAGGAGGCAGAAGUACUACAAUCUCUCCUGGAGCAGGCAGUGCAGGAUAGAGGAAGAAGAGGAAGAAGAGCAGGGAUUCUUGAAAAGCACACCAGAGACAGAAACGGAGAACCGGGCAAGCAGUCCCUCAAGUAUUUCUGAUUGCCAUCAGGGGGGGAAACACUCUGUCCAGGAGAACAAGAUUGCAGGAAUGAGCAAAUCAGCAUCUUUUGCCUUCGAGUUCCCUAGAGACAGGAAUGGAAUUGAGGAAUUUGCACCACCUCCUCCACCUCCAAAGAAACAAUCAAGGCAUUUUCUAAAAAUGAACAGAAGCAAUUCUGAGUUGGAGAAGCUGAGCAGUGAUUCUACAGAAAACCUCAGUCCUGCUUUCCAGGGAAUCCACGUCACUUUCACCGCUGGCUCCACGGACAGUUUGAAUUUGGACACAAAUGCAUUCAGCAAUGGAGGACAGCCGUGCAGAACGAGCCUCCGCUCACCCACCCGUACUGGGAAGCCGACCUUUCCUUCAACUCACUUCCCCGCAUGUCCCAGCAAAGACAGGCCUCACUGCAAACCUUUACAGCCGCCUCCUCUGCCGCAAAAGAAAACCGUCAGCCGAGCUGUUUCUUCGCCAGAUGGCUUUUACUGGGGCCCGGCUUCCCCAGCUAGAGCUUCGGGUCCCCCGAGCCCCAAACUGAACUUCAGUCAGUCGGAAAGUAACGUCUGCAUCCGCGAGGAGUCUCCGUUUGGCUCCAGCUUGGGAAUUAACCGCCAGACCUUUUCUUCUUCUGAGUCACUGGAGAAAGCCUUCAGAGGUUCCCAUUCCCCAUAUCCCUGCCCUGCUAAGAAUGGCGGCGCCUGCUGUAGCCAGAGCAAAAACUUGCCGCCUCGUUCCUCCUCCCAGCACAGCAUGUCCACCACGGUUUCCUCAGGUUCUAGCUUUCAGCUCCACAACCUCCUCAGCAAUAUUGACAACAAAGAGGGGGUGUACGCCAAGCUAGGCGGCCUGUAUGCGGAAUCCUUGCGCCGCCUCGUUUCUAAGUGCGAGGACUGUUUCAUGCGCGACCAGAAGAGCGAGCUGCAUUUCAGCGAGAACAACUGGUCCCUCUUCAAACUGACGUGCAACAAGCCUUGCUGUGAUUCAGGGGACGCAAUAUAUUAUUGUGCCACCUGCUCCAAGGAUCCCUCCAGCACCUAUGCCGUGAAGAUAUGCAAAACUCAAGACACGAAAGCUGCAACGUCCUGCUGCAGCCCUUCCGUCCCGGUCCACUUCAAUAUCCAGCAGGACUGUGGGCAUUUUGUUGCCACGGUGCCCUCCAGCAUGCUGAAAAACGCUUCCGCCGAUGGCCAAGGCCCCUCCCGCGCCGCCGCCGAGCAAGACUGCGUGGUCGUCAUCACCCGCGAGGUCCCGCACCAGACUGCCGCUGACUUUGUGAGGGGUUCCGGCCCUUUCCACAAAGCGAAGCCGGAGCUGUACGAGAGGCGUGUGUGUUUCCUGCUCCUGCAGCUCUGCAACGGGCUGGAGCACCUCAAGGAGUACAGCGUCAUCCACAGAGACCUUUGCCUCGAGAACCUGCUGCUGGUCCACUGCAGACCUCCGCCCAACUGCAGCAAAAGCAGAGAGGACAAACAUCUGCCGCGGCUCAUCAUCAGCAACUUUUUGAAAGCCAAGCAGAAGCCGGGCGCCGCCGAGUCCAAAGCGAAAAAGAACCAGGCUCGCUUGGCCCCGGAGAUCGUCUCUGCCUCCCAGUACAAAAAAUUCGACGAGUUCCAAACCGGCAUCCUCAUCUACGAGCUUCUGCACCAGCCCAACCCCUUCGAAGUGGGAGCCCACCUCCGGGAGCAGGAGUACAGCCAGGGCGACCUUCCCCCACUGCCCCACCUCUCCAUUUAUUCUCGGGGGCUCCAGCAGUUGGCUCACUUGCUGCUGGAAGCAGACCCCAUCAAACGCAUCCGCAUCGCGGAGGCCAAGCAGAUCCUGCAGUGCCUGCUGUGGGGUCCCCGGAAAGACUUGACGGAUCAGCCUCUUAACCACGAGGAAGCGCUUCGCAACUGGGUCGACAUGAAGCGGGCGUUGCUCAUGAUGAAGUUUGCCGAGAGGGCAGUGGACGCAGAGCGCAGCGUUGAGCUGGAGGACUGGCUCUGCUGCCAGUAUUUAGCCGCCGCGGAUCCACCGUCUCUCUGCAAGUCGCUGAAACAUCUCCAGCUCCUUUGAUUCCCCAUAGCGUGUGAAAAGGGUGUCGUUAGUUCUAAGGGCAAUGGAGGAAGCGCUUUUCCUUACACAGAAAAUGGCACACACCUCCCAAUCCCCUUUAUGGAAUUGAUAAUUGUGUGAAACAGACCAUAUUUCAUACACAAACACAACGCAGAGAUCAAAACCUAUGUACAUUUUGGGAUAAAUACCAUUUAUUGUAAACAGUGUUGUAAACAGACAAUACUGCUGCAUUCCACCACCAAGUGUAUUGCUUCUUGGGUUAUUCUUGGAGGUAAAUUAAAGAAAAAAGAAGAUAUGUGUAUUUCCUAAAUGGGAGGACGGUUUCAUUCUUGUCAGAUUUUGUUGUUUUACUUUUCCUAGUGAAUGUGCUCAGUCUUGGGGCAGAGGCUUAUUCGCUGUGAAAUAUCCUAAUAUAUUUUCUAUUAAAAAACCCAGCAAUGUUC